AUGGAAGAAGAUAUUGGGGUAGUGGUAAUUGAUAACGGUUCUGGAGUGUGUAAGGCUGGUCUUUCUAGCAGUGAAGGUCCGAGUGUUUUAUUUCCAUCAAUGGUUGGUCGCCCAAGAAACACUGACAUCACCAGUCAAAAGGACUUUUACGUUGGAGAUGAAGCACAAUCCAAUAGAGAUAUCCUAAACUUGACCUACCCAAUUGAGCAUGGUAUCAUCACCAAUUGGGACGAUAUGGAGAAGAUAUGGUCUCAUAUAUUCUACAAUGCUCUCAAAACUAAACCAGAGGAACAUUCAGUUUUCCUAACUCAAAUCGUAAACUCUCCAGAAUCCAUUAAUGCUAGAAUGAGUGGUUACAUGUUUGAGACCCUCAGUGUCCCUGCCUUGUAUAUUUCCAGUACACCGGUUCUUUCUUUGUAUGCCUCUGGUCAAACCAGUGGUUUGGUCAUCGAGUCUGGUUAUGGUGUAUCACACACUGUUCCAAUCUAUGAAGGAAGUUUGAUCGCAAAAGGAGUCAAAAGAUUAAAUCUUGCUGGCGAUGGUUUGACUGAAUAUAUGAAGAAACUCUUGGAAGAUCGUGAUAUAACCUUGGAUAUGGACACCGCUCUUGACAUCAAGGAGAAGUUUGCCUACAUUUCUUUGGACAAUAAUGAAUCUGAUAAGCAAAAUGAUCAUUCAUCCUAUGAAUUACCAGAUGGUCAAGUUAUUACCAUUGGUGAAGAACGUUAUCGAUGUCCAGAAGGGAUCUUCCAACCAUCACUCUUGGGAGAUGAAUCUGAUGCUGGUAUUCACCAGAUGGCUCACAGCUCGCUCAUGGAGUGUGAUGUUGAUAUAUGUAGAGAUUUGUCAAGUAAAGUUGUCCUCUCUGGUGGUUCCACUUUGUUUCCAGGUUUUUCUGAACGUAUUUCAAAAGAAUUAAAAACCUUGUGCCCUUCUACAAUGGAGAUUAAUAUCUUUGCACCACCAGAACGUAAAAACUCUGCUUGGAUUGGUGGUUCAGUUAUGUCAUCUCUCUCCUCUUUUGGUCAAUUGUGUGUCACCAAAGUAGAGUUCGAAGAAAUUGGUCCGUCCAUUAUCAAAAAAACAUUUACAUAA